GGCGGUCAGGGUCCAGGGCGGUCAGGGUCCAGGGUGGUCAGAGUCCAGGGCGGUCAGGGUCCAGGGCGGUCAGGGUCCAGAGCGGUCAGGGUCCAGAGCGGUCAGGGUCCAGGGCGGUCAGGGUCCAGAGCGGUCAGGGUCCAGGGCGGUCAGGGUCCAGAGCGGUCAGGGUCCAGAGCGGUCAGGGUCCAGAGCGGUCAGGGUCCAGGGCGGUCAGGGUCCAGGGCGGUCAUGGUGACUUCCUCAUGAAGCUGGGAAUCGGCGACGAGGAGUCUGUCAAAGGCAUCCUAACGUCCCCAGACAACCGGAUCCUUGUCAAGCGCAUGCUGAUCAAGUGUGCCGACAUCUCCAAUCCGUGCCGACCGCUGGAGCUGUGCAUAGAAUGGGCCGGGCGCAUCUCAGAGGAAUACUUUGCACAGACUGACGAGGAGAAGAGGCAGAGUCUACCGGUGGUCAUGCCUGUGUUUGACAGGAACACCUGCAGCAUUCCUAAGUCCCAGAUCUCCUUCAUAGACUACUUCAUCACAGACAUGUUCGACGCCUGGGAUG